UCUAGUCAGUCCACAAGUCAAACGGCGGGCUCGCAGUUAAGCCUGUUGACCCCACGCGGCAGGGAACUCCUAGAGCUCCAACAAGUCGAAUGGAUUCGCGAGCGGUUAGAGAGGGAACUGAAGCAAGCUACCGACAGAGAAAUGAAAUUAAAAAUAGAACAGCCAGGCUUGAUACGUUAGAGGCAGACAAAGCUGCGCUAGAGGGUUUGGAUGAGUCAGCCAUGUCUGACCAAAUGAAAAUAUUGAAGAACAGUGUAUUGUCGCUGCAUGCGCAUGUGGAAAGCAGACUGGACUCCAUGCAGAACUCUUUGGACCAGAUCUUGGACCGUUUGCAAAGGCCAGGAUUUCGGCCAGCAGCACAGUCGUCAUUGCCGUUAACGACGAUGUCAGGCGCCUUUCCGACACAAGCUGGCACACAACCAAGUGGAGGCCGCAAAUGUGGUGCCUUCAUAGACAUCGGCUCCACGCAGAACUACAUAAGUCGCGACUGCUUGGAGAGGCUGCACCUACAGGACUGGGUACAGCACCUUAGUAGACCGGUAGCAUCUACUUUGGCCAAUAAGGAGCGCAUGGUUGUCACAGACUAUAUCAAGGAUGUAGUCUGUACCUUCUCCUAUGGAGGAGGGGAACUUAAUCAUAAGAUUUCGUUCCUGAUUAGCGACGACUUACCAUUCACUAUGUUGUUAGGAAUGUACUACCUUGAGGUUGCCAAACCCCAGUUUGACUGGGACAAGAAAGUGCUAAAGCAUAAGUUGUCGGAUGGGAGAACAGUGAGAUUGACUAAGUUCAAAGCCAGUAGUAUAAUCGAUACCUAUGGCUGCUUGUGUGCAUCAACAUUUUAUAAUUACUAUAAACAGAACCAAGAGGAGGGUAUGUACCUAGUGUACGUCUCUGAGAAAGGGGCGGCCGUUAAAACACCCCCAGAGAUAGAACACGUCGUUGCUAAGUUCCCUGAUCUAUUCACAGAGCCCACAGGAGUCGUCGAUAGGGAGGUUGUCCACGCCAUAGAAAUCAUUCCAGGGAGUAAAACCCCAAAGGGAAGGAUCUGUAGGAUGGCUCCGGCCGAGUUGGAUGAACUUCGGCGACAACUGAAAGAGCUGACAGAAAAGGGAUGGAUCCGGCCAAGUACUUCCCCCUUCGGAUCUCCAGUGCUAUUUGUACCGAAGAAGGGGGGUACAUUGAGGAUUGAUUACAGAGGCCUCAAUGCCAUCACAGUGAAAAACGCAGAGCCUCUACCUCGCAUAGACGACCUAUUGGAUAGGGUGCAGAGAUUGGGACUGAGUGAUGAGUGCGAGGCUACUUUCAAACGAUUGAAGCAUGCACUCAUGAAUCAUAAGGUUCUUAUGGUGCCCAAUCCUCAGAAGCCAUUUAUAGUGACCACUGACGCAAGCCAAUACGGCAUUGGCGCAGUGCUGGCUCAACAGGAUGGGAAAAAGUUGAGACCGAUUGAGUAUAUGAGCAAAAAGAUGCCAUCUAAGAAACUGGCAAAGUCCACCUAUGAAAGGGAACUCUAUGCUCUCUACAAAGCACUUGUCCAUUGGAGGCACUUUUUGUUGGGACGGUUUUUCUACUUGAGAACUGACCAUCAGACCCUCAAAUGGAUCAAGACUCAACCGACUCUUUCUGAUGCACUCGAGCGCUGGAUUGAGGUCAUAGAUCAGUAUGACUUCAAGCUAGAGUAUCUGAAUGGAGAGUACAACAAGGUUGCAGAUGCGCUGUCCCGUAGAGCAGAUUACCCAGGAGCGCUAGUUUAUGAGUUUGGUGUAUCUGAGGAACUAACUCAAUCGCUGGUGGGAGCUUAUCAGGAAGACCCUGUCACGAUGGACAUCAUACGGAAGCUUGAGGCAAAAGACAAGGCCACGGAAGAUGAGUUUGUGAUGGUGGACGGGCUUCUCUUUCUUGAUAAGGCCGGAUUUAAAAGGUUAACAGCGGGAAGAAAGAGAAGGGAGAGAGGUGUUUUGUUUGAGAGUGUGAGGAAGGGCAAGAGGAGUGUUCGUCCAAACGUAAGGAGAGAGCGGACCCCUCUUGAGAGAACUGCUAACACCCCUUCCUCCGGCAUGGCAGACAUCACAUCUGCCCAAUGGCAGGCCAUGCUGAACGCAGCAGAUGAGAACGAGAGACCGUUCUUCCAAAAGCUUUAUGAUGAUGCCGUGCAGAGGGAAAGGAAGGUAGAGGCAGCAGCUAGAGCCACCAGCAUUGCUGAUCAAGUGGCCCUCCUCCAGGUCCCGGAAGCGAACGCUGACCGGUUCCAGGAGAAGCUAGCUGCUUCCGUAGCAGCUUUGGUUCGACUGCGAAACUUAGAAGACCUUGAGCCUCGUGUAACAACACUGGAGCAGCGGAACCAGGAGCUGCAGGCUGAGAUCAUCAGCCUCAAACAGUCCCAACUGUCUGCCCCCCGCCCUCCUAACCCUCGACCUGCCGCAGUCCCAGUCUCUCAAUCUAACACAGCCCUCAUGGCAAGAGCAAGUGGAACUAUGACGAGCACAGGAACCGGUGCCAGCUCCUCAAGCGGCAGCGCCGGCAAUUCUGCACUAGUCAUAGUCCUAAAUGCAGGGACAUCAACCCAAAACGCCACAGUCCUUACUGGCGUUCAGUACAGCGGUCCCGUAGUGGACAAGUGUGGGGCCACCUUGCCGUCCAAGUACGACGGGAAAGCGGAUAUCACUUCUUGGAUUAGUUCCAUGCGUUCAUACUUCGAGGUCAUGCGGACACCGCAAGAAGACCGAAGCAUGAUCAUGGGCACUAAUACUGAGCCCGCUGUACGGAAUCACAUUGAGCUCCAAGCUGUUGCUGCAGGUUAUGAAAGAAUUGACCUGACCGAGUGGCUGAAAGUAACUCCCGCACGGUACCAAGAUAAGCAUGUUGCGCUCAAGGCUAGGCUGAAGCUUGAGGCCCUCAAGGGCCAAACAUGGAGGUCCUCCAUGCAGGCUUUGGAACAACACUUGACUGGUCCGUUCACCACUCUAGAUCUGGGAAUGACCGACGUGUCUUGUAUGGAUGUAGUCAUGGGAGUGGCCCCUAAAGAAUACCUCUCCCUGUUAGCACUCAAAGACCAUACCUCCUGGCGAGAGCUCAUGACGGAUCUAGUCAACCUAGAGGCCAAGGACCUCGCCAGGCGGAAGAAGGCGCCCGCUGCAGGUGGAAAACCACAACGCAAGCGGUAUGGAAGCAGCAACCAGCUUGCCCUGCAUGAACAUCGGGAGGCUGAAGAUCAGUCCUACGCGGAUGAUCUGUCUCUAGAUGGCAAUCUAGAGCCGGACUCCGAUAUGGGUUGUUCCACAUCAGCCAUUGAGUCUGAUGUAAACGAAGACGAAAAACUUAAGGCAUUUAAAAAGACUGCUUCAAACAAGGGGCCUAACCGUGGUUCGGAUAAGGGAACUGUUGUCCACCUCCCCAAGAAUGCGAAGAUCCCUGAGAAACCGGAGGAUGCAUCUACCAAGCCUUGGGAAGCCCUCUGGAUCAGGAAACAGGCAAAGGGCGUAGAGGAGUCAUCAGCACUCCCUACAACAAGGGAAGCUGGAACGUCGGUUGCAGGCCCCUCCGAUGAGCCUGAAUCUGAUCAACAGCCUACUCUUGAAGCCCGGAACGACGUUGAAUCCAAGGCUGCUGCAGUUCAUGUGCCAUACGCGGAGCCUUGGGAGGAGUCUAAGGAAGUUGACUUCCACGCUUACCUGGAACAUUGGCUGCAACUCAAGCAGCAACGUCGUGUUCAAGGGAGUGUGGAGCUAACCUUUUUUAAACUGCUCAUUCACCGCCGAUACAUCCGGGUGCUGAUUGAUAGUGGUUCAACCACUAAUUUCUUUUCUCCUAACGGGAUUCGUAAGGCGGGCCUGGGAAUGAAGCAAGUGGAACUGCAGAACCCUUGUCAAACCCAGGUGGGCAACCAAGAGGUUGUCACCUCUACACAUGUUGUCAAAGGUGUGUGCGUCACCUUUGACAAGGACCGCACUGUCACACAUGAGCUCAACUUUUAUGUCAUGGACAAGUGUCCAUUCGACGCGGUCAUUGGCUUGGGCUGGUUAAAGGCUCAUUGCCUAAGGACCACGUGGGGGGACAAUCGGUUCGUGGUGCUUGAUGCCAAGGGGAACGAGCGUACCCUCUUAUUGGAUGAGACGCGCGAGUCCCCUGUGACUCUUCUAAGUGCAAACAAAUUCUGCAAAUCAGUGCGCAGGCGCAAGGAAGCUGGGCAUGUACAUAUAGCUCUUGUAAAGCCUCUCCAUGUGCCUUCUACUUUUGCUGCAUUUUCUACCUCGGUAAGUAACUCUACUUCUACCACCUCUACUUUUAUUCCAUCUACUUCUGUUGUGAAUAAUCCCUCUACUUCUGGCCCAAGUACUUCAAAUCCGGUUGUGAUUGCUGUAAAUUCUCGUUCUGAUUUUCUUUCUCCUGAUGAGGAUGAUCCUCCACCAGAAGUCCCAACAAACAUUCGCCGUCUAUUAGAUCGAUUCCCUAAAGUUCUGGCCGAACCUCGUGGAGUCCCCAAGCGUCCGGUCAAACACAAAAUCGAAAUAAUAGAAGGGAGUGUUCCUCCAAAGGGUUGCGUCUACCGUAUGGGACAAGGCGAGUUGGAGGAGUUGAGGAGGCAGAUUGAUGAUAUGAUCGACCGUGGAUGGAUUAGGCCUAGUGAGUCUGAGUUCGGUGCACCUGUCCUGUUUGUGCCGAAGAAAGGAGGCAAACUCCGGAUGUGCAUUGACCAUCGUGGCCUAAACCGUAUCACCCGCACGAACGCGUACCCCUUGCCUCGUAUAGAUGAUCUGCUGGAUGUUGCAGGUGGGUGCAAGGUCUUCUCCAAGAUCGACCUCAAGUCUGGCUACCACCAGAUUGAAGUUGAUCCGAGUGACCAGCACAAAACUGCAUUCAAAACACGCGAUGGGCUGUACGAAUUCAUCGUUAUGCCCUUCGGUCUUACGAAUGCACCGGUCACAUUUCAGUGCCUCAUGGACAAGGUACUUCGCCAUCAACUCAACAGGUUUGUGGUCGUGUAUCUUGACGAUAUCCUGAUCUUCAGCAAGUCCAUGGAAGAGCAGGUCAAGCACCUUGAGGAGGUCCUGCAAGUCCUCAAGGAGGCGCAACUGCACCUCAACUUAGAGAAAUCUGAGUUUGGAAGGGACAACGUUAUCUAUCUUGGGCACCGGUUGUCUGCAAACGGCCUUGAGCCGGAGGCAACCAAGGUUGAGGUCAUCUGAAAGUGGCCUCAACCGGCGAACGUGCGCGAACUGCAUUCUUUUCUUGGUUUGGCCUCAUACUACCGAAAGUUUGUGCCCAAUUUUCUGUC